AGAAAAUUCACAUGUCCCGGAUAUAUUGAAACUGCGCAUGCGUAAGAGAAGAACCUCUGCAAAAGCAUUGCUUUCACAAAGCAUCAAAUUCUGAGAGUCACAAUUUCUGUGAUUUGGAAAUUCUUGCUGCAGUUUGGAGCAUGGAGAAAACCACCAACAUCAAUCAACAGCUGUUCGAAAAUCAAAGAAGGAUGAAGAUGACGUAGGAGAAGAGGAAGAAGAUAUGGGAGAAGAAGAGUAUACAGUAGAAAAAGUAGUCGACUCUAGGAUACGGAAUGGCAAACGAGAAUAUCUUCUCAAAUGGAAAGGCUAUCCAGAUUCUGAAAACACAUGGGAGCCAGAUGAGAAUUUAGACUGCCCUGAUUUGAUAGCAGACUUUGAAGAAAGGAAGAAGAAGAGAGAAGCAGAGAAAAAAAGAAAACAACAAAACGGAAUGGAAGAAACAUCUGCAAAACGAAAGAAAAAAGUUACAGAUGCAAAAUCUGCAGAAGAUGAUAACAAACCAAGGGGGUUUGACAGAGGGCUUCAACCAGAACGAAUAAUUGGAGCCACUGACAGCAGCGGAGAACUGAUGUUUCUUAUGAAGUGGAAAGACAGUGAUGAGGCUGAUCUGGUGCCAGCACGACAGGCAAAUGUGAAGUGCCCGCAGAUAGUUAUAGCAUUUUAUGAAGAGAGGUUGACCUGGCAUACACACAAUGAUACAGAGGAGGAAGAAAAAGGAAAAGAUGAGAGCAAAUCCUAAUGGCCACUUUAUGAAGCUUUCCUUCAUUUUCUACUUGUCUGACUUAGUAACUAGUUGGCCUAUCCGAAAUUUGUCUGCAGGUUCAUCAUUUGAAAAGAAAAUGUGACAGAUGUUUAGUAGCUGCAUGUCAGAUCUCCACCUAUCGGGUGAUACAACUCGGUAUGAUAGAUCCUGAAGUGCUUACAUGGAGGUCUACAAAGAAAACGGCAUUUCAGACUUUUCAGAGUUUGUGAUUCUGAUUGUCAUCAGAUCAUCCAUCCUUUGACGACAAGACUUUGAUCAUCUCCAGCUACAAUAAGUGGAGUAUAAAACCCCAUUGCAGAUUGAAGGUCAACGCCAACUUGUUACUGCCAUCAUCUCAUCCUGUCUGUGUUCCUUUAACCUUGCCCCACAGCUUCCACAUUUUCUUUACCAAGAUGAAUUGUGCUCUCAUUGACAGCUGUCAUAAUCGUUUGUGCAUUUCAUGCAGCAGUGUUGGACUCAACAGAUCCUCCCCCACCUUCCCUCCACCACCUCAUGCAUCCAGGCAUUUCUUGUAUUUUUUUGUUUUGAGUUCAUUGUACACGUCUCUUAGGUGUAGUGAAGGUGUCACAAUAGUAUGGAAGGUUUUUAAAGUUGCCAAAGGAAAUUCAUGAACAUUGGGAUGGAGUUUUGGAUGCAUGUGCUUUGAAUCUGAAAAAACGGUUUUGUUUCAUUUACUUUUAAGAUGUCAACAAAUUCAUAGUUCAUUAUAAUUCAUUUAUCUGUAUAAAGUGGAAGGGAAUCGGAUCUUCCCUUUAAUGCAUCUUUCCUUUAAAAGUCUUGUGGGGUGGACUUCUUUCUUUUUCCCUUAAGGACUGAAGUGCAAGACUCUUUCCUAAAACAUGGAUAAACAACCCCUUUCUAUCAAAAGAUACACAACUAGCAACAUCACCAUGCACAGAUAGGUAAAACUUGUGACAUGCUUGUAUGCAGAUGCAUCUAAUGGUGGUCCCAGCUCUGCCAUUGGCUGGAGCCUUGAGAAAAUAACCAUAUCUUUGUACAAUCCUGACCGCUGAUAUAUUUCUGUGUGUGGUAAUGUUUGAUUCCUCUGUAGUUGACAUAUUUCUGUGCAUGGUGGUGAUUGUACACAUGUAUCUUGACAACAGAAAAAGGUUUUAGUUGGAGCUUUACCUAUUAUUAAAAAAUCUUUUUUUCAUCCCGUAAGACUUAAAGACUGCUCCUUUCUGUCAUGGAUUUUUAGUGAAGAAAUAAAAGUAUGAUUUGUGCAGUUGCUGUCUGUUGACGUAGUGUGGAUGCAUAGUUUCUGAGAUUUGCAAAAGGGAGCAUAUCAGUAUGUAGUACUUAGGAAAGUUUUGGCAAACUUAAAGCACGAUUCAUUUUGGAUCUCAUAAGGAUGGGGCAAGCUUUUGGUAGGGAUGAUCUGACUUGUCAGUGGCUACCUCAUCAAUACAAUGGCAUAAAACAGUCUAUCCAGAUUUUCUGUUCACUUAACAUUGAUGUUAAGAUGUUAAGUUCUGUUCACAGAAAAUCUGAACUAGUGAUUGCUCUUCUACCAGAUCAGAAGAUAUUACUAGAAUUCAAACACUUUCAUUAUCUUUUCUUCUCUCAUCAGUCCCAUCUCAGUGCUUUUAUUUCAGAUGGUCAGACUUUUAUCAUCAAAGUGUUUGAUUAUAAACCAGAUAUGAUGAGUUGUAGGCUUACAGCCUUUGCUAAUCAAGCAGAUUAGAGUGUGGAGAUUACUCAAGCAAAAAAUUAAGGCAUGCUUUGGCAUUUCUGUAUGAGGGAUGGUUAAUGGCAUAUGAUAGCAUGGUAAGAGCUAGAAAGCUGAAAAACAACCUAUUUUAGGUUUUAUAAAAAUUGAUGGCGGUGUGUGGUGAUCAAACAAAAAAAUUGAAGUUCGGCAUCGAGAGAUUUGGUAAGAUUCGUGGAGAUGUGGUACAGAGUGAUCCUUUUAUUGUGGAUUAAGAAAUUUACUGUGAGAGAAACUUGUUACUGCCCAAGAUUGUAAAUACUACAGAGUACUGUGCAUUUUAAGCAGAGGACUUAAUCUUAAGUGUUAGCAAGGUGAAAGGGGGAAAAUGUGUCGGAGACUUGCCUAGCUAUAAGCUGCCACAAAAUAAGUAUGUCUGGUUACAGAUGGAUUUUUAACUCUGCUUCCAAGUCAUUUUUAUCUGAUAAACUCCACUUACCAAGUGCAAAGAAAAGUUUUCACAUCAAUGUUAAGUGUUAUAAAAUUCAAGAAUGGGACUAUUAUUAGCAAGUCACAAAAGUCAGUUUUACAGUGCUUUAUUUAAGCAAUUUUUUUUUAAAUGUCAUGUUCGGUUUGGGUUAGGAUUUGUUACUUUUGGAAAGAGUGAGUGGACUAAUUGAAGCUGAUAAGAAUGGAGGAUGUAAAGAUUUUGUGAAUUUUGUCAUUAGUUUUGAUUCUUUUUGGUGCAGAAUUUUGAAAUGAUGGCAGUUCAUGAAAUUGCAGCUAUUGUAAAUCUUUUUAGUUUGUUUUUUGACAGCUUCUCUCUUCAUGUAAGUGAAUGAUAAAAAAAUGAUCUGGUCAAAUAUGACUAGUAUCUGGGCAUACCAUCA